CCGACUGCUCACAGACAGGAAUCCGCUUACUGAGCGUCCAAAUUAAAAAGGGACCUCCGCGUUUCACUUGAUAAUUCUCGACCGCCUUCACUCCGUUAAUUAUAGAGGAAGUGCAACAGCAAGCCGCGCGCCUCUCUUUGUCUUUUACACACGUUUGAAUUCUCGUCUUUGCUUGUGUGUGUGUUUUUAAGCCCCUGGAAGUAUUCUUUCUCAACACAAGGACGUGUUCUGUAGCGAAGAGCGACCUCGACUUUAGCAGACAUGUGUAUGAGACAGGACUGUCAAUUGAAGAUCCUCUUGGCGGUUUUGCUGCUCGCCGCUGCCGUGGCCGAAAUACAUGGACAAGCUCCAAAGGAAAGCAUCAGUAAGAGGACGCUGGGCCCUGACAGGGACUCAUCAACACAGGACACAGAAAGCGAAGUCCACUCUGUCACCACUGUCUCACCUAUGAACAUCCCAAACCACCGGCCGGUCAUCAAGGGCCUGCUGCUUCAUGAGCACCUACUUACGAGGGAUUUCCAGGGGGACCAGCACUUUUUCCGGAGGGAUGGCUCUGUGGCUGCAUAUUCCACCAUGCCGGGCUCUGCCUCAGAUUCAGGAGACCCUGUAACUCAGCUAGUGCCCCAUGAGGACGCUCCACCCUUCUCAGACAUUGCCACUACCGCCACCGCGGCUGCCACCUCCCCGCUGACCACAUUUUCUCCCACGACACCGAGGCCGCCGAUGUCUCUGCUUCAAAAGAAAUCCCCUAAAACACGAAUGGACAAGGUAGAGCCCACAACAGACUCCCUUACCACUCAAGUGACACCAAAAGGAGGUUCAGUCAGUGAAUACUCAGCCCCCUUAUCGUCGCGGAGAAGUCGGCCGCAAAGUUGGAGUGCUACUCAAGUAGAGGCGACCCUGGCACCGUCCUCAGUGAGAAUGGAGAAAGGGGAAGCUCAGGAAACUGUACUGAAAAACAAAACAAGCCCUGAUCAUUCACUCCCCAACCUAAACUCCAGAGAAGAAGGGACCACAACGUCCACCACCGUUAUAACCACCAUCACCACCAUGCAAACAACAGAGCCGUGCAGCCUGAAUUUCACUGACCCUGAGGGUAACAUCGAAAUCCUGCAACAACUUGACUCUGGAGUGGAGUGUAAUUACCUGGUCACGGUCUACCUGGGAUAUGGCAUUGAGAUUCAGGUGCUAAAUGUGAGUGUGUUGGAGGGAGAGCAGGUGACAGUGGAGGACACGGGUGGCCGAGAGCCCUUCAUCCUCGCCAAUGAGUCAGUCUUGAUGAGGGGCCUCAUUUUACGCAGCUGGAGCAACCAGAUCUCCAUUCGAUUUCGUAGUGACCAACAGCACAACUCUGGAUUCCUUCUGCUGCAUUACCAAGCCUUUGUUCUGAGCUGUGCAUUCCCCAAAGAGCCUGCCGGGGGAGAAGUCACUGUGACACACCUCCACGCUGGCGGAGAAGCCUUCUUCCGUUGUUACACCGGCUACAAGUUACAAGGCCCCAAAAUGCUCACUUGCCGCAAUGCAACCACACCUUACUGGAGUGGAAAGGAGCCUCAAUGCGUAGCAUCCUGUGGGGGUAUGAUAAAAAAUGCCACCUAUGGUCGUAUCGUCUCUCCCGGUUUCCCUGGCAACUACAGCAACAAUCUGACGUGCCACUGGGUCCUGGAGGCCCCUGAAGGCCACCGGCUUCACGUUCACUUUGAGAAGGUGGCUCUGGCAGAAGAUGAUGACAGGCUGCUGAUCAAGAAUGGCAACAACAUAGAUUCUCCCCCUGUGUACGACUCCUAUGAGGUGGAAUAUUUGCCCAAUGAGGGGGUACUCAGCACUGGACGGUACCUGUUUGUGGAGUUUACCACAGACGGGACGAUGACCUCCACUGGUGCAGCCAUCAGAUACGAAGCUUUUGCAAAGGGCAUGUGCUACGAGCCCUUUGUGAAGUACGGCAACUUCAGCAGCAGCGACUCUACCUACGGCGUGGGCGCAGUGGUUGAGUUCUCCUGUGACCCUGGCUACACGCUGGAGCAAGGCUCCGUAGUGAUUGAGUGCGUGGACGCACAAAACCCACAGUGGAAUGAGACCGAGCCGGCUUGUAGGGCUGUGUGCAGCGGGGAGAUCACAGACUCUGCUGGUGUGGUGCUGUCUCCUAAUUGGCCUGAGGCCUAUGACAAGGGCCAGGACUGCAUCUGGGGUAUCCAUGUGGAAGAGGACAAGAGGAUCAUGCUUGACAUCCAAGUUCUCCAUGUUGGUAAGAACGACCUGUUGACCUUCUAUGAUGGAGAUGACCUGACAGCGAACAUCCUGGGCCAAUACAGCGGCACACGGCCACACUUCAAGCUCUAUACCUCCAUGGCUGAUGUUACUGUUCAGUUUCAGUCCGAUCCUGCCACCAACAUCUAUGGUUACAACAAUGGCUUUGUAGUCCACUUUUUUGAGGUGCCAAGGAACGACACCUGCUCUGAGCUGCCGGAGAUCACCAACGGCUGGAAGAGCACGUCCCAUCCUGACCUCAUCCACGGCACCGUCGUCACCUACCAGUGCUACCCCGGAUUUGAGCUGGUAGGCUCUGAGAUCCUCAUGUGUCAGUGGGAUCUCACCUGGAGCGGGGACGUGCCAAAGUGUCAAGAAGUUAUUACAUGUCAGGACCCUGGAAAUGUGGAGCACAGUCACAAGGUGAUCGCAGGCGCUCGUUUCACCGUUGGCUCGACGGUGCAGUUUCUCUGCAAUAAAGGCUACAUCCUGUCCGGCAGCGGCAUCCUCACCUGCUACAACCGAGAUUCAGCCACACCCAAGUGGAACGAGAGGCUGCCCAAGUGUGUCCCUGAAAAGUACGAGCCAUGCAGGAACCCUGGCGCCGCUUCCACCAGUGUGCAAAGUGCUGAAAAGGCCUUUUACCAAGCAGGAGAGAAGCUGACCUUCUCCUGCCACUUAGGCUAUGAACUGCAGGGUGAUGCCACCAUCUACUGUAUCCCUGGACACCCGUCACAGUGGAACAGCACUCCACCCGCCUGCAAAGCAUCCUCAACUCAGUAUGUGAACGAACGCAGGCUAGACGUUGUUAAUAUGGAUUAUAGCAUGGAGGGAACCAACAUUGCCCUUGCAGUUUUUAUCCCAACUGCAAUAAUCUUGGUGGUUGUCCUCAGUAUUUAUGUCUACUUUGCAAAACUCCAAGGGAAGACUAUCAGAAUGCCGUCAUCCUCGCCACCGUAUGACAACAUGACAGAGGAGUCUGCUUUCGACAACCCUAUAUAUGAAAGCGGACACUGGCAGUCUCACUCUAGAUACUAAAGGCUGUCAGUCUGUCCACUUUGGCAGAAGUGCUGAAGAAUUAUAAGGACAAAUGAAAAAGAUUAAGAGGUGUCCAUUUAGAGACCUUAAAGCAAGAAUUGCUCAAGCUUUGCCUUUUGGAACCCUCUCUGCACUGCUCAUCUUUUUCCUCCAACAUUUUCGUUCCCAAAUGAUUUCCUUUCAUCUUCCCUUGGUGUGGAUUACUGUAAAUAUGUCCUCCCUUCCACGGUCAAAUCUGUGAAUCUGUGGAUCACCAUGGUGAUAUUUUUAUAAAGUAAAAUGGUGAUGACCGUUGGUGAUUGUAUGUUUUUGAGUACUUCUUGAUCCAGUAGCAAUGACAGACUUUGAGGGAAAUGAUUUUGAUUGUUGAGAUCUGUUGGAAACAUUUUCUCCAUCACCCAACAUUCUUUGGAAAUUUUCCCAUUGUUACUUUCUUUUCUUUGUGUGUAUGAAUCUGCUAUUUGUAAAUAAACUGCCUGUCCAAUAUGAGUGCCUCACGAAUGACUAUAACCUGAGAAAUCACACGUAAAACAAUGUUUGUAAAACUGAAUCUUUUGUUCAACUUUUUUUUUGCAUUAAGGCCUGAAAUUCUUCACAAUAUGUUUAGUGUUUUCCAUCAUACAGUUUCUCUUCUAGAAACAAGUACAAUUGAUGCCGGGUACUUUACUAUGAGCUGAUGUUUGGUUCCAACUUGGUUUGGGACCCAUCAGCUGUGUAUAACUUUGUUGUCAUAUCACACUGUAGAGUCUGCCUCAAAGGAUAAGUAGCAAUUUGUUUAUUUGUGUAUGUUCCAAAGAGUAGUUGCACCUCAGCAUUAGCAGACCCUGAGAUAAAAGCCAGUGAAAACAUAAAGUAAUGGCAUGAUUCAAUUUGAUUCCCGCAUUGCAGCUCAGCAAUUAAAACCCUGAAGUGUGCAAAAUAAAUCCUCAUGUAACAUACAGGUUUUUACUUUGGGUCACAUUGUCUUGGUGCAUCUGCUUGUGUUGAAUUUGUAGAUAGACCCGUAUAUCCUUUGCGCAUAUCCUUUAUACUCUAACACAUCUUUAUUUCAGCAUCCAUGCUGGUGCAACCACUCCCA